AUGGGGUGUACAGCAUAUAUGAAUAUGCUGAGCACUGUAGCUGCAGCUCUGUUCAUGGAGAUGUUUCUGUUUGUUUUCUUCAUUUUAGAAAAACCCAAGAAAGGAAGGAAAGGCAAAAGAGUCUCUGCUUUCUUUAAGAGAGUAUGGAAGGCUGCAAUGCGCCCCUUCCUUUGCUGUGACACAGACAUAGUCCAGCAUCUUACGCCACAGCCUGAGCCUGAGCCUGAACCCGAACCCGAACCUGAACCUGAACCUGAACCCUUAUCCGAACCCAAACCCGAACCCGAGCCUGAGCCUGAGCCUGAGCUUGAGCUUGAGCCCGAGCCAAAGCUGGAAGAUAAAGUAGACCCAGAGGCAGUAAAUCUGCCAGGCCAGGUUCCCGAGGAGCUUAAAGAGGCUUUUGGUCUCUCUCGUGGAUCUAUGGUGUCUCAUUUUGAAGUGAAAGACCUGAUUGGAAAAGGAAGUUUUGGCAAGGUGUAUCUGGCCACUCACGUAUUUAGUGAGAGAGUAAAGGUUGCCCUGAAGUAUAUCAUGAAGCGUAAACAGGACCGGUAUCUCAGCAUUGAUGGUCAUUCCACACCCGUGCUUGCGGAAGUGGCAAUGAUGCUUAGGUUGAUGAAUGCCCCAACUUGUCCCAGCAUCAUCGGAUUACACCACUGGAUUGAGAAUGAGAACGACUUUGUUCUUAUUCUGGAGUACCCAGAGUCAUCCCAGACCCUGGGUCGUUACAUCAGAUAUACAUUGGACAUUGAUGAAAACCAAGCACGCCGGUUAAUGCGUCAGUUGAUCCAAGCUGUCAAGUUCUGCGCUGAGCAUGGAGUUUUCCAUGGUGAUAUACACACGGGGAACAUACUGGUGACUCAACCCCGAUUACAGCUCAAAUUGAUCGACUUUGGUUGUGCUCGGCCAAUUACCAGCGAGCCUUUAAAAAGCAGUGAAUAUCGAGGAGCCAUAUUUUACACACCACCUGAGGUUUUAAGGGAUCCCACAUUCCUCCCUAACCCGGCGUAUGUCUGGACAAUAGGCAUCAUCCUGUAUGAAAUAUUGCAUGGACGAUUGGCCUUUUACAACACACAUUCGAUAAUCAUUGGAAACCUUGAAACAGACCUCACCUUAUCUUCAGCAUGCCUGGACCUGAUUUCCCAGUGUUUGAUCCGCAAUCCAGAUAAGCGGCUACAGUUGCAUCAAGUUGAAGAGCACCGGUGGUUCAAUCCAACGAGCCCAAAUCCUGUGCAGCAGUCAGACAAGAGGCGAGGGGAUGAUGAUGAUGAUGAAUUCAACUUCUGCAGCUUCCACUGGUAA